AUGGAAAAUUCCAAAGAGUUGGCUCUUUUGUGGAGAUGGUAUGACAAUGAGCCUAAUCUUGGUUGUGCCGUUUUCACCGGUGUCGGUGACAGUGCGUUUGGUCCCGGUGAAACAUAUGGAAGAAGUGUUGGACAGGUCCAUGUGGAGGAUACCGCUAAAGGAGGACGACCAGCUGGAAGUCGUUUUGGUCUGUUGAAUCGUGAUGGGAAGAAACCGAUCGUGGUGGCGUGUGAUGGGCAUGUCCAUGGCGCCGGAAUGGAAGCAAUACUCAACGGAGACGUUGUCUUUGCGGCGCCUAACACGACAUUUCAACUACCGGAUCCUCGGAAAGGCUCCGCUGCCAUAUCUGGACUUCUUCCACGUGCGUUCAGUCUACUAGGAAGCCAUCGUGCAUUGGAUUUGAUGUUGUCCGGGAGAGUGCUAACGGCUGAGGGUGCUGUAUCAUGGGGACUGGUUAAAGAGAUUGUACCUGGAGAGACACUGCUGGAGAGAGCGGCCGCCGGAGCUGAAUCGAUUGCUUCCAUGAAUCCAGACCGGGUAAUCAUUGCUAGGAAACAGAAUCGGGCUGUGAGGUUAGUUGCAUUACUGUGA